GUCUGUUCGGUCGGACAAGCUAGUAAUAGUCUCACCUGGUGAGCAAUGAAAUUCGCCGGCUUUUCUUCGGAGUUAAAAAUAGACUUUCAGUUAUAAAGGUGUUUUAAUUCCGACAUACCUGUUCACAGAGAAGGGUGUGUCAGCACCAGGGUCAGAGACAGAUUUGAAGAAAACACAGAAUCGUUAAAUUUCAGCAGGUUUCAAACCAAGUGAUUUUAUUUAAUCCUAAAGGGACAGCUUUGGUCCUUAGUCUAUUUCCAUGUCUGCGAGGGGAGUGCAGUACGUUUAUGAUCCGAGAAUGACAAAGUCUCAGCACUACCGACAGGAUGUUGUGUCACGGAAGCGGGAGGAGCGGGCUGUGCGAGAGCACCACAAACGUGAGAGAAAGGUAGUCUCUUACCUCUCUGACGAUGGUAAUUUUCCAAGUUUUAAGAUGCAGCUCAGCAAGAUUGGUCUACAACUGAGGGAUAUCCCAGGAGAUGGGAAUUGUCUAUUCCGAGCUUUGGGGGACCAACUGGAGGGUCAUGGUAGGAACCACUUCAAGUACCGAUAUGAUGUUGUCAACUUCAUGUCAGAACACCGGGAAGACUUUGAACCAUUUGUGGAGGACGACGUUCCAUUUGAUCGACACAUUCAGAAUCUACGAAAAAUUGGUACGUACGCAGGAAAUGAUGCUAUCGUAGCUUUUGCUAGACUCCAACAGGUCAAUGUAAUCAUCCACCAGCUCAGCUCGCCCUUCCUUCUGAUUCAGGGCCUUUCCAAGCCGACGCCCAAUGCUCGACAGAUACACAUCGCCUACCACAAUGGUGACCACUAUUCCAGUGUGAGACACCUCAGUGACAACACAGAAUCCCAAGCCAAUCUCCGACUGAAGGUGGACUGUGGGUCUGAUAAGUCUGGACGACCGACCAUGAAGAUCAACACAUCCUCUGCUAUGAAAGUUCAGCAAGAGGUCAGAGGUCAAGGUGUGGUGUCAGCACUGAGGGAUGAACAGAGUAUAGAAUAUGAAGUAAUGGCCGCCACUGGAUGUAUGGAUGAAGGCCGGGUGACGGAGACGUUGAUGGAUUGCCAGUAUGAUGUGGACUUGGCUAUCAGUCAACUUCUACAACUGAUGGAGAUGGAAGGAGAACAGGAAUAUUCAUCUUCAGGCCCUUCUGAGGUAACCUCCACCGACAGUGGUGUGUCGUCUGAGACAGGGAUGUUCACACCCAUACACUCGCGUGACAACAGUUACGGGGGCAGUUCUGGCUACGGAUCACUGAGCUCGGCCAGUGGAGCAAGGCCCAAGACUCACAGUGCCAAGAGCAUAAUAACCAUAUCCAAUAAACAAAAGAAAGAACAGAAGAAAUUGGAAAAGAAGAAGAGAGCAGAGGAACGCCACAAACAAAGAGUGCUUGGAAUUAACCCUACUCAGCCAGACUCAGAGGAUGAAGGUGUUGUGACUGUAGUUUCCAAGGACAUCGCCAUGAUGAAAAUCUGAUCAUCAAAUCUGUGGUCUCA